AUGCGCGGGGAGCCGGCCACCGGGCAGCGCGGGCCGCACGCGCGGAACAGGGCGAAGCCGGCAGCCGGCGCUGGAGACCCGAAGCUGACCCGGGCCGGGCGUGUGGAGGCGCAGAGCGCGACGGAGCCGACCGGGAGGCGGGGACGGCGAGCAGGAGGAGGCCGAGGGCGGCUGACGGGCGCGAGCAGCCGGGCAGGCGUGCGGGCAUGCGGCCUAGAAGCCGACGCAGACGGCGCGGGCGGCCGAGUAGCCGGAGAAAACAUCGCGAGCCGGACGCGCCUACAGGAGCAGCAAACGGGGCCGGCCCUCCCGGAUGCAGCCGCGGCGACGCGGGCAAACCAGCAGCGGGCGAAGCCGUCGGGCGCGGGAGGCCGGCAGCGGACCCAGCGGGCGUGCGGGAGGGGAGGCGAGGCGGCCGGAGCGCGGAUGCGGCCGGAGGCGCGAGGCAGCCGGCCGCUGCCGGGCGCGCGAGGAGGAGGUCGAGUGUGA